AUUUACUCGAAAAAGACUUAUUACAAAAUGAAGACAAAGAUUGAAAUAGAAGUACUUUCGACCGAAAAGAAAACUCCAGUUGGGAGUUCAAGUAUGGAGAAUAAAGCACAACAUGCCCCUGUCAGUGAUGUGUGCAUUUAUUCCUCAGGGAUAGAGGAUAAUGAUCCUUAUAGAGAAUCUAGAUUUAAUGAGAUACAACAAAAAUCUGUGUGUCCAUUCUGCCAAAGAGUCCCAAAAAAACCUGAGAUGUGUGGAAGCUGCAAAGCCAAGUACUGCAAGCAUCACCUUGCCCUUAGAGUACUAAAAAGACUCAAGUGAAUGAGUUGCAAAAAUCCCUUCCAAAGAGAACAUUACAUAGACUCUGGUUUCUCUCAAAUCAAAGAUUGCUUAAGUGAAGGAGAUUCAGUAGAUGAAGACUCUAUAGUGAAGAGAAAGAAGAGUUGAGAUUUGAUGAAAGAAGUCUGUGAGAGAGAAGAGGUUACUAGGAUUAGUCAGAAGGAUCUGAAGGAGUAUGUAGAGAAGAAAAUUAAGAGAGCGAAGGUGGUGUUGAGCAGGAUGAAUGGAGGAAUGAGUGUGAUUGAGAGUAUGUAUCAGGAAGAAGAGAGUCAGGAGGAUGAGAUGAGUGAGAGUUUAAAGGAGGAGGGAGAUUUGGAAGAGGAAAAGCAUGCUCAAGAGGAGAAGGAGGAUGAACAAGAGAAGGAAGAUGAGCAAGAGAAGAAGGAUGAGCCAGAGAAGGAGGAUAAAGAGGAAAAGGAGUAUGAGGAAGGAAGGGAAGAAACAAAAAAUUUUAAUUAUGACGAAAGUGAAGAGAAUGAAGAUACAAUUUCUCAGAGCAGUGAUUUGCAUGAUUCAGAGAUAGAGAAAAGCCCUCUAGAAGAAAAUAAAGAAGAUAGCACCAAGUCUCAUACACAGAACAACACAAUGAUUUCAAAAGAUAACCUCAAAUCCUUGGAAGAAAGCUAUUCAUCUUUUGAUUCUGAAAUUACUCUAAAAGAUAGCACUACUGAUUCUGUCAAAAGUUGGAAAUCUGAAAGUUCAAUUGGAAGCGAUUAUGAUUAUGGGAUGAGGAGAGUAUCCUGCUUUGGAUGUAUCAUGAUCACUUUUGCAAUUAUAAUUCUCUUGUUUAUUUUCAUUGGGCUUCUUAGUGGAGUCUAUGAUGAUUUUAAGAAAAAUAGUCAGCGCAGGAGAAAUUUUAUACCCGACUUUCCUAGAGAUCCUGUAAAUAUUACUAUACAAAAUUCCACUAAAUACUGUACAAAAAUUGAGUAUAAAGCAAUAAAAGAGAACACCACUUACUUUAAAUCCUAUCUCCCUGAAAUCUGCAAACUAAACUUUACAAAAACCUAUGAGUUCAAUCCCAUCAAAAUCAUCGCCAACCUGUCUCAGCUGAAAUACCCUAUCAUCCCAGAUCCUACCAAAAACUCUACUGAAUACCGCCCCAGCAGCGUCAUUUCUUGGGCUGCCCAGAAUAAUACUGAUCCUAUCCAAUGCAGCUCAAAUGUCAGAGAUUUCUUCAAGAUUACUAGCUAUAACAUCACUGAUCUAGAAACUGGUCUUCACCAGUUUAGAGAUAGCAGCCAAGAUCUAAUCAAUAAACAUAGAAGACUAACUAUCGAGACUGAAGCUUAUAAGAACCCCUUGAGAGAAGUUAUGAUCAAACUUUACCCUGACACAAGCAAGUAUUCAAACCUAACCCUUACUAAAACAACCCAAGACACCACUCCAACCAAAUCCCUCUUCCAAACCUAUCUCCACCACCUCCCAAAAUCCCUCCCCACCAGCCCCCAAUCCCCCUCCUCCACCCCUCCUUCCCCACCCCCUGUCCAAAACUCCUCUUCCUUCCUCACCUCCAUAUGGAGCACUACAAAACCUUACGCUGAACCUUUCUUCUUGAAGCUCGCCCUGGCAUUUACUUACAGUGUGUAUUAAU